UGGCACACGAUCCCAUUCAGUCGCUCAUAGCCAGCGGAGCAGCACAAUCCCCACCACGGAGAGAAAGAGAGUACCCGGAGCAACAUGGGAGAAGUGCCCGAGAUCACGGACCUGCCGCAGGUGAUCGCGCCCCACCUGCCGGAGGGCUCCACGCUGGAGUCGUACACGAGUCGCUAUCUGACCAAGCCGGGCGACAACUAUGGCAGCGUCAUGCUGGCCAUUCAGGCCCAGAUCCGUAGUGCCAACGGCUCCGUGCGGGAUCUGCCGCUGAUUGCCAAGCUGCCGCCGCUGACCAACGACCUGUACUGGCAGAUCUUCCAGCCAGAACGAACCUGCAUCACGGAGAAUGCGGUUUAUCAGUAUUUGUCCCCAGAGCUGGACAAGCUGCAGCUGGAGGCGGGCGUUCUGCCCGCUGAGCUCUUUGACGGCUUCCCGCGUUACUACGGUUCCCGCAUCUCCCUCGAUCCCAAAGCUACGAAGGUGGACCGGGACGCCGUGCUGGUCCAGGAGAAUGUCACGGUGCGAGGUUAUCAGCCGGGGAACAGACACAAGGCCUAUGAUCUGGCCCACACAGUGCUCAUCCUGAACCAUCUGGCGCGCUAUCACGCCCUGCCCAUUGCCCUGCGCCUCAAGAAACCGGAAGUCUAUGACAAAUAUGUGCGUCCCUACUUCCUGAAGUUCAACAUGAACGGCAACAUAGGUCCGGAGGAGAAGAAGGUGAUGGACGAGGAGCUGAUGAAAGACAUUCGGGCCGUGACCAGUGAUGAGCGCGAUGUGAAGCGAGUCACGGAGUUGCAGGAUGCAUACGAUGCCUAUCAGGCGGAGAAGGAUGAGGAGGAUGGCCUCUUCACCAGCCUGGUGCACAGCGAUCUGUGGAUCAACAACAUGAUGGUGAAAUACGACGAGGAGGGAAUUCCCAUCAAAAUGAAAAUAGUGGACUUCCAGAUAGCUCAGUACGGGUCCUUGGUGCACGACAUCAUCUUCCUGCUGUUCUCGAGUGUGGAUGACAAGGUCCUGGAGGACAAUUACUACAACUUCCUCACCAUAUACUACAAGGCAUUCAUCCAGAGCCUAAAGAGCGUGAAUGUGGACACCAGUGGCUAUACAUACGAGAAAUUCCUUAAGGAAGUCCAGCGUGUGGCCCACCUACAGCUGCCGCAUGCCCUUUUCAUGAUGAAGGUCAUCCUGGCCGACAACAGCACCAUACCCGAUGACUACAAAGAUAUGGAUUUUUCCGUGCUGUCCAAGAACACAGGCAUUAAGACAAUUGUGACGAAAUUCGACUCUAUUCUGCGUCUUGGCAAGAAGUUUAAUAUAUUUUAAUAGAGCUAAUUCCGCAAUGUCACGAUCGCGACCGAAAUAAAUACUUGAACGGAGAA